GACGCAGAGGAGAGGGGAGGAAACUGUGCUGAAAGAAAACUGCUUCCCCAGACAGUGUGAAGUGAAAAGCUUCAGGAUUUCGGAAACAGACGAGACAAGGGAGCAGCGCUUUGAUUUCACAGAUCAAACAAUCUCAUGGAGCUUUAUUUUUAUUUUCUUUAAUCUUUUGCACUUUUUACUGAUGAAGACGGGAAAUAUAAACUUAUACAUUUUGCAGGGGGGAGGGGUGGAGGGGUGUUAUCUUUGACUCUAAAGUCUAUUUUUUUUUUUUUUUCUCUAAAUCAUGCCACGUUGAGAUCACGCCUGUGAUGAGCUGAGCAGACGCAAUGAUCAUCCUCCUCCCGCUCUCACGCGCCGCUGACAGACCGCCGACAGACGACGCGCCGAAAAGUUCCCCAAGUUUUCUUUCCUCAUCCGCCGCAUUUUGUUUUAUUCUUCCACAUUCCUGCGGCGUUGACUCCUUCGGUCCUGAGACCCGCCACCGCCGCCGCCACCCUCCCCCGGCCCGCCCCAGCAUGCUGGACUGACGUCUGAGGAAUGGCAUCGGCUGUGUUUGAAGGCACGUCGCUGGUCAACAUGUUUGUCCGGGACUGCUGGGUCAACGGGAUCCGGAGGCUCAUCAUCAGCCAGCGGGGGGAGGAAGAGGAGUUCUUCGAGAUCCGGACCGAGUGGUCGGACAGGAACAUUUUAUACUUGCACCGGAGUUACUCCGACCUGGGUCGGCUCUUUAAAAGACUUGUAGAGUCCUUCCCCGAGGACAGAAGAGACCUCUCCAAGUCUCCACUGAUAGAAGGGCUGGUAAAAAUCAAAGAGGCACACGACAUUGAGGAGAAACUGAACGAGGUGGAGAGACUACUGAAGAACGCCAUCAACAUGCCGUGCAAGUAUUCCAGGUCAGAGGUGAUGUUGACGUUCUUCGAGCGGUCGCCGCUGGACCAGGUGCUGAGGAACGACAAGGUCCACAGAAUCCAGCCGUGCUUUCAGAGUCCGAUCAAGAUAUCAGAAAUCAUGCGGUCGAACGGAUUCUGUCUGGCCAACACGGAGACCAUCGUGUUCGACCACAAUAUCCCUGAAGAAAAGGAGAGACCUUCGUCCACUGACUCUGUGGAACAUACGUAUGAGGACGGAACAGAGUUUCUGCCAAUGGAAGCAGACGUGUGCGACGAGGAAACAGAAGCGUAUGUCACCAACCUUUCCUACUACCACCUGGUCCCGUUUGAAACCGACAUCCUGGAGUGACGGAGGGAUUUUUCACCCACAAGACGUUUUUUUUUUUUUUUUGCCAACGGACGGUCGACGCUGUCGCCGCACGCAGCCGCUCCGAGUUAACGCUGCCGCUUAGCGUAGCAUCCUCAAGAGUUGCUUAAAGUUUUCUAGCUCACGGCGGAGUCGGGCAGGUGCACAAAGUACGCACCGAAAUACUGACAGAGCGCAACGGCAGCAACACUUUAUUUUAUUUUUUGCCAUUUUCUGUGACGUCACCGGUGUGCCUCAUCCAGAGCCUUAUUUAAAAACAAAUCAAGAUAAGAGUCUUCAGACUGACUAUUAGAAGGAUUUCAGGUGUUGUGAUGCAACCUGUGAGGGCCGCACGUCGGCUGAAAUUUGGAAAGGAACCAAACCGCAUUGGACCGGUCACUGUUACUCAUAACUCUGCUGAAGUUACCAGCGCUCUUUCUUUAUCUUUAGUGUUUAACCGUGCGCAGCCAGUUUCACCGCUGGACCUCGAUCGUAGCAUCGGACGCAUCUUUAAACUGCUUCCCUUCCACUGGUGUUUUGUUUGCUGUGGGAAUGCAGGAGUGAAGCUUUGUGUAUGAGCUUUGUUUAUGGUGCAAUUUACACCAGCAUUUAGGGAUUUCUUUUUUCGUGUACAAGCUUAUAACUCCGAUUUGUUGCUGUGAUAAAAGACGUAGCUUCUUCGGCAUGAGAGAGCAACUGGACGUGAUGCGUUCUCAUGAGAAGGUUUAGCUGCCUCCAAGCUAAAUGAAUAGAAAUCAUAGGAAUUUGAAUUCAAGGUUGAACAAAUAGUGACUUAAAGCUGCUGUUAAAUUGAUUUACAGUUUAAGCUACAGAAACAUUUUUCACAGUUAAAGAUAUGUGCUUCUGUUACGUAAAAAAGAAAUAUGAAGUGCCAUUAUCAUCCUGUUACAACACAGUCUUUCCAAAGUGAGAGCUCAAUGCUGCCUUUUUGGAUGUUGGUGAGAUUUUGUUCCUUAAAUAAAUGUAGAAUGCAAUAUGUGUAAAUAGUGUAGCUGGUAUUGUUGCUUGUUUUUAAUGUGUAUAAACAAAUAAUUUGAUGUGUCUGAGCAGAGAAUGAGUGCUGCCAUUAUGUGGAUAACUGAAUCAUCUCUCCGCUAUUGUCGCCAUCUGAUGAGUGAUAAAAUGGGGCAAAGAAAGCUUUGUUUUGUUUUAUGGGUCAACUGAGGUCACAUCUGACCCCGUCCUGUAAGAUGACGUGAGUGGGUUCAGUCAGACAGCUGACUACAGUGAACGUGGGAGUCUGCAGCUUGGCCUGCGAGAGAGAGAGAGAGAGAGAGAGAGAGAGAGAGAGAGAGAGAGAGGGGGGAUACAAGUCCUCUCUUUUUCUAAGGAAGAAAAACAACAUGGCUGUACUGUGUAUAGGAUAACACUUGAUUAAAAUGCAUGCCUUUUGUAUGUUUUCUGGGUCCCUCCCACAGUGAGGAGGCUGCUUUCACUUCUGCAUCUAAAACCGUGGAGCUCAGUGCAGCGCUGCAAAUGCAGAAAAUACAUUUUUUGUGUGUGUGUGUUUGUGUGUGUGUGUGUGUGUGUAGGGUUAAAUGUAUGGAAGUCCGUCUGCACGCAUUGUUUUGACGCUCCUGUCGAUGCAGAGGUUGCAUUCACCGUCUUACAAUGUGGGCUAACAGCUUGUGUCCAGUUUUCUGCCCUUCUUAACACAAAGGCAUUCAACCCUCACAAACUUGGCACACAAGACUCCAACAGGACGGUCCUCCGCAUGAGUCUAUUUAGUAACACAGUCAUGAUCACUAUUCACCCCGUGAGAAAGUACAGCUCUUUCUCAGGGCGUGAAACUAUUUCAUGCUCUCUUUUUCUUUUUUGUUUUGGGGGGGGGGGGGGGGGGGUCUUUCUUUUCUCUCUUCUCUCCAAGAAUGACGUCUUGCAUUGAUGGAUAUUCUCUGGAUGUAAAGGUUUUUUCUGUUGCAGAAAACAGCCACAUGAAGGCAUCGAUUAAGAUGAUUCAGUAACAAGGAAACUGGAAUUUGUCAUUUAAAUUUUCAUACUCUGCGAAGAAGCGCUUGAUGUUUCCUGUGAGCUCGUAUUCAGAGAUCAAAGAAUAUCGACACCCCUCCGUCUGCCUCAAGGCCCUUCGAGAGCUUAAGCAGUCGGUGCAUUAUAAAUAUUCUGCCACAGUUUCCAUGAAGUUAUGACUAAAAUGGUACUCAGCUGAUUCAGCGCAGUGACAGGAACGAGUAACAAAACGCUGGUACUCCAGUUUCAGUUGUUAUUGUUUCAAACAUAUCACUAUGUCAGCCAGGGGUGUGAGGAUUCAGAUAUGACAGGUAAUAUAUGAAAAUAAUAAUUCACAAUAGGUUGUUAUUUAUUGUGUAAACUCCAGCCACACUCCUGUGAAAAUAACCGCUCUAUGCCUUGUAACACGUGUGUAUGUAUCUGGUGUGUAGACGUGUAAAUGAAGGAACCGACCGAAAAUGACCUUAAUUAUAAACGUUGAAGAUGAAGUGUAUGUUUGAUAACUUUAAAGCUAUUCAGACAGUAUUAGAUACAAAUUAUUAUUCUCGAAGCUUCUCAAAACAAAUAAAUACGUUUUCAAUAAAAAGAAAAUCUUCA